AUGCACGCAAGCCCCGACAAGAAGCCUCAGAGUCCAUCCGGUUCCUUUGUUCUUCCCCCCGCCCAUCCACAGUCGGAUAUUUUUUCGGCUGGUAUCAUUCUUGUGGAGCUGCUGAUGGCCGGAGUGGCCGGCGAGGGGCCCCCAUGGACCACUGCCAUGGAGCGCAUCUCCAUCCUUGGAGCCCUUCGUGACGGCCGCGACUCCGCGUUGCCCGCCACGCUGCUUCGUGACCGAGGUGUUGGCGCAUGGCUGCGCCAACUCGUCUUCCGCAUGGUAAACUGGAGUGUUGAUGGGCGUCCGACCGCCCAAGAGGUACUGGACGAGAUUGAAGCUGCGCAAUGGGCAUCUUCUCGUCAUAACCCAUACCUCGGAACGCAACACUCGCGAUCUCCACA